CGAACAAUAAUAAUGAUAUAUAAUAAGCAUUAAUAUUGAUUAUCGAAUAUAGCGUUGGAUGUAUGCAUGACAAAAAUAAUAUCACCAAAUAUUUAUCUGCAAUAUCGAUAUUUGACGUUUAUUUUUUCGCAAUGUUGGCUGAGUCCAUCGCGCAGAGUUCUUUAAUAAAAAUCUCAACAAGGGUCAAAACAAAGUCAGGACAAAAGGUUGUAAAUGGGCUUGUCCCGCAGGACAAAGUAGCUCUAUUAAAAUCGAAGCUAGCCGAUGUAACAGGUAUAUCCGUUGAAGCUCUUCAUGUCCUUGGUGGUUUUCCGCCUAAGGCGAUCGAUCUUGAUAAUGAAUCAGCUACAAUUGCGGACAGCGGUAUAGUCUCUGGUGACACCCUGAUCGUUGAAGAAAAACAAGUUAUUAACGGUGCUCAAAUAGCAACGGAAGUUGGCAGAUCUCACAUUGUAAAUGAUGAAACCUUCAUUAAUACUCCAGGUGUACUCAUGAAAAUGGUUGUGCCGGCAGAUAAUUCGUGUUUAUUUACUAGCGUUGGCUACGUUCUGAAUGGGAAAGUCGAUCGCAAUUGCUCAAGUUUUAUGAGAGAGAUAAUAGCAAAUGCCGUAGCUGCCGAUACAGAGGAAUAUUCGGAAGCUUUUUUGGGUAGACCUAACGCAGAAUAUUGCGAAUGGAUUUUAAAGCCCGAUUCUUGGGGAGGAGCAAUAGAAUUGUCUAUACUGUCAAAGUUUUAUGGAUUAGAGAUAGCUGUAAUCGAUAGUAUCAAUGCUAUUAUAAAUAGGUUUGGAGAAGAUCAACAUUAUGCCCAAAGAGUAUUUCUUAUAUUUGAUGGAAUACAUUAUGAUCCGCUUUAUUUGGAACCACUCGAUGGUGGUAGUAUCCAAACGAUCUUUCCGACCGAAGAUGAUAGAAUGUUAUUAGAAGCUGCAGAACUUGCAAGAGAAGUGAAGUCUAGUCGUCAGUAUACAGACAUACAAAAAUUUAAAUUAAUGUGUUAUGAUUGCAAUGUAAAAUUAAAUGGACCGGGUGCAGCACGACAACAUGCCAGUGAAACAGGCCACAAGAGCUUUGGAGAAGUGCCUGUGUAAUGUAAUUUCAAUUUUGCUCGUGCAAUAUAUAAUAAGUAUUUUUAAUCAGACUGCUGCUAUGUAAGGUGUUCGAUAAAUUAGCCUCAAAAUGAUUUUUCACUUGAUGAAGGCUUGAAAACAUUUAAGAACUAUGCGCCAAUGUUUCUUCUGUCCUAAAUAUGCAUAUAUAUUUAUAAAAUGCACUCUUUGAUUGAAUUUUAUAAACAAAUAAUGACCACUGAUUCAGCUGAAAACUUCUUUUCAACAGUGAUCAUACAAUUGCGCGUGUGUGUCUUUUUAUUUCGUUCUAUAAAGCAAAAUUAUUACGGAUAAAAUUAUGCAUAUUAUAUUUUUGAGAAAAAGUUUAUAAUCCAUUAUUUAUAUAAAUAUUUUAUUAUUCUUUUCUUUUUUCUCGAAAUUAAAAGAAAUUACUUUCACCUUGUGCAUUUUAUUUAUCUUGUGCAAUUCUUUGGUCUAAUGGUUAAUUCAAUAUCAUCGUUAAAAUGAGGGAUAUAUCAUUUAAUUGUAAAAUUGGAUAUAUAUUAGUAUCGUCUAUUUCACAAACUAAAACGUGCCUUUAAUUAUAGUUAUCUUUUAUUUACUUUGCAAUAUGUGAAAUUGCGCAAUAUUAAUAAUUGGAAAAAAUUUAAUUCAUUAUUUUUCAUUUAUUACUUUGAACAAUGAUUUACAGUGAACAAUAUUUUAAAACUCAUUUAAAACAAUUUAAUUAUAUGUACACACAUACUGUAUUAUUACAAUAUAUAGUAUAUAUAUUUUAUAUUUUUCUUAAAUCUAGCAUUAGCAAGAUUGAGAAUUUAUGAUAGCCCUUAAAUAUGUUACUGUAAAAACUGUCAUUUUUAUUAGCCCAACAUGUUCUAUGACUUAUAUAUAUUAUAUUUUGAAAGCUAUAACUAACAAUCAUGUUGUGAAAUUUAUACAGUAGGAUCAAUUUAAUUUUAUUUGAAAAAAAUAUAUACAAACAUAACUUGUAAAAAUAAGACGAGAAAAGGGAAAUGUUGUAAAUUAUAAAUUACAGUGCAGCUAUAAUGGUAAUACUAUUAUUUGAAAAUAAUGAUUUCUUGGAAAUAUUUAUCUUCACAGGUCAUACACAUAUACACACACACACAUGAAACUAUUGUAAACGAAUAAUAUAGUAAAGGUUACCAAACCGAUUACUUUAUUUAUAUGGACAUAUAUAAUAGAUACUUUUGUCAGAUUAUAUUAUUUCUAUGCAGAUAGAUGCAUAGAUAGAUAAUAUCGAGUCUUGCAAGAAAUGCCCAAUUGUUUGAUGAAACUAAUGUUUAUUGACGGCUAAAUUAUAGUGAAUUCUUUUCUUUUCCUUUCUUCGCAGAUAUAAGCAUCUAAUAUACAUUGUCA